AUGAGGAGUAGGCCAUGGCUCUUAUUUUAUGUGCUUAUAAUCCUGUGUCAUUACAGACCAUGCUUCUCCAUAGAUGGUGAUACACUUUCACCAGGUCGAACGUGUCUUGUAUAUUUUGGGAGCGUUUCGACCAUCCAACCGAUACAUGGCUGCCAGAGGCAAAGCUUUGGGAUCGAUAACAUUACUGGAAAACCACAGCAGCUCAUUUCAUGGACAAGUUCAGAAGAUCCGGCACCGGGUCUGUUCUCGUUGGGGUUAGACCCAAAUGGAAGCAAUCAAUAUUUCUUAACGUGGAACAGAUCCCAAAUCUAUUGGACUUCUGGACUUUGGAAUGAAACAACUCUCGGCUUCACCUUUGUUCCUGAGAUAAGCCGGGAUUCUCGCUUCAUCUACGGUUUUCUGCCAAAUGAAUUAAAUGGAAGAUAUAUUUUUACAUAUUCUCUCCUCGAUCCUUUUGAUUUCCGUUCUAAAAUUGUGUUGAACUCAACAGGAGAGAUGCUGCUAAUGGUGUGGCUGUCUGGCCCUUUGGAAUGGACUUUAUUUCGGUCAUAUCCGAGUGAACUAUCUGAUGUGUAUGCUUCUUGUGGUGCAUUUGGCGUGUUCCAUGAGAAUUCCUCGAGCCCCUGUGAAUGUCUAAAAGGUUUUAAACCAUUUUCUAUGGAAAACACCGCACUAAAUGAUUGGUCAGGUGGCUGUGUGAGGAAAUCUCUUUUGGAAUGUGAAAAUAGUACGUUUUUGGAAGGAAGAGAUUGGUUCCUGAAAAUUUCAAACAUGCGAUUACCUGUUUACCCGAAAGCACAUUCCGCCAUGAGUGCUAGAAGAUGUGAACUGGAUUGCUUGGAAAAUUGUUCUUGCACAGCUUAUGCUUAUAAUAGGAGUGGGUACUGUAUGAUAUGGGAAGGAGUUCUUUUGAACUUAGAGCAACUCUCAUAUGGCGGCCCCGAGAGUAUUGGACAAGGUAUCUAUCUCAGACUUUCUGCUGCUGAGCAUCAAAGUCUUAUAGGUGAAAUGAAAUAUAGACAAAUUUAUGUUAUUUUCGUUAUGAACUAA